AUGGCAAACAUCCCUCUCCCGGGCCCAGCACACCUCGCGCCGCCUCAAUCGCCGCCGUCGGUCAGCACUGAAGCCGUGCCUGAACCGCCUGGGCCUCCUGUCGGGCUUGUGACCGAUCUGCCCGUACCGCUGCCGGUCGCACCGCCAAUAAUCCCGCCGCCAGUAUCCUCUUACCCGGAUCCAGACGCAUUUGACCUCAUCCACAGCUUUAAAAGGCUAGCGCCUGUGCUCUCUCGAAACCGCCGCACGAACCCUACUACACCCCAAGCGGGAGGCCACCACGUGGCUCCUGGGCACGAAGCUGAAGGCCACGAGUUACAGGAUCUGAACGCCGGACAAGCUCAGGUCACCAACGUCCCUGGCCCAGUGUCUUGGUCAUUCGGGUCGCUCGUCCGCGCCGCCUGGGAGAAGUUGCGAGGCUGGAUGUGUUUGUGA